GCCGAGCCUGCCGUAGCGAGCGAGGGACAGCGCCAGUACUGCCCUGCUCUGCCCCUCUGCCGGCUCUGUGUCUUCCUCCUCGGCCGGUCACCGUCCCUUCCGCCGAGAGAGAACACGCGCCCUCUCUCUCCUCUGCAACGACCUGCCCCUGUCCUUUCCCUCCCCACCACUGCCCCUCCUGUCACCUCCCCAACCUCUUUUGUCCGUUACAUCGCACUCAAGAAGCUGCCCACGCCGCAAUGCAGCCGCCGUCACGCUCACAGCACGCCAAGCACCACCCAGGAGCGGCGACGCACACGCGCUCCCGCACCCGGGUGCUGGAGGCGCACCUGGAUCCCGGAUCCGACCCUGAGUACCAGGAUUUCCAGUUCCGCUUCGUCCCCGAGAUGUUCGAGCUCCAGAUGGGCGGCGUCGGCAGCGGCGGCGGGGGGAGGAAUGGCGACGGCAAGGUGGCGGAGAAGGUUCUUGAGUUCGAGUUCGACAAGGUCCGGAUCAGCAUUGCGUCCAGCGACGACGAGGCGGACGGAGACGCGCCGCCCAGGAGCUCCUUCUCCGGGGCGAGCCACCCGCCGGAGCCGGUGGACGAUAUGGAGACCGUCUUCGUCGCCGUCGACGGCCGCGACAAGCCGGCACCGAAGCCGGUCGUCUCGUGGGACGCGUCCCCGCCGCCCAGCAGCGCGGCGAGCCCGCACAGCAGCAUCGACAGCUCCGGCGCCGCGGCCACGGUGACCAGCGUCGCGCCGAGCUGCACCGUCACCAGCCGGAGCGCCAAGACCAGCGUCAGCAGCAGCGCGGCCAGCGACGGCAGCGGCUGGAGCAACGGCGCAGCCUCCGGCGCCGGCGGGAGCGCCGGGAAGCCGCACAAGGGCGGGGACCCCCGGUGGAAGGCGAUCCUCGCGGCGCGCGCGCGGGACGGGCCCCUCGCGAUGGGCAGCUUCCGGCUGCUGCGGCGGCUCGGGUGCGGCGACAUCGGGACGGUGUACCUGUCCGAGCUCAGCGGCGCAGGCAACGGCGGCGCGGCGAGGCCAUGCUGGUUCGCGAUGAAGGUGAUGGACAAGGCAUCGCUGGAGAGCCGGCGGAAGCUGAGCCGCGCGGAGACGGAGCGGGAGAUCCUGCAGCUGCUGGACCACCCGUUCCUGCCAACCCUGUACGCGCACUUCGAGACCGACAGGUUCGCCUGCCUCGUCAUGGAGUUCUGCCCCGGCGGCGACCUCCACGCGCUCCGGCAGCGCCAGCCCGGCAAGCACUUCCCAGAGCACGCGGCGAGGUUCUACGCCGCCGAAGUGCUUCUUGCGCUGGAGUACCUGCACAUGCUUGGAGUGGUCUACAGAGACCUGAAGCCGGAGAACGUCCUCGUCAGGGAGGACGGCCACAUCAUGCUCUCCGACUUCGACCUCUCCCUCCGUUGUGCUGUCUCGCCGACGCUGGUGCGAUCCUCCCUGAAUCCCGAUCCCAGGAACGCCCAGACCUGCGCCCAGCCCGCCUGCAUCCAGCCCACAUGCUUCAUGCCCAAGCUCUUCAGCCAGAGGAGCAAGAAGAGCGGCGGCACCGCCAAGAAAUCCAAGGGCGCCGAGCCCAGGCAGCAGCAGGCGUCAGCCGGCCUGCCCGAGCUCGUCGUCGAGCCGACCGGCGCGCGGUCGAUGUCGUUCGUGGGGACGCACGAGUACCUGGCCCCCGAGAUCAUCAAGGGCGAGGGCCACGGCAGCGCGGUGGACUGGUGGACGUUCGGCAUCUUCCUGCACGAGCUCAUGUACGGCAAGACGCCGUUCAAGGGGCAGACGAACCGCGCCACGCUGUUCAACGUCGUCGGCCAGCAUCUCAAGUUCCCGGACUGCCCCGGGACGAGCAACGCCAGCAGGGACCUGAUCAAGGGCCUGCUGGCCAAGGAGCCCCAGAGCCGGCUCGGCGUCAAGAGGGGCGCCGCCGAAAUCAAGCAGCACCCCUUCUUCGAGGGCGUCAACUGGGCGCUCAUCCGGUGCAGCACCCCGCCCGGCGUGCCCAGGGCCGUGGAGCCCGCCGCGGUGGCGAUGCCGGUGCCGGCGCCGGCGAAGCCCGCGCCGGUGGAGAAGGUGGAGAUCAACAGCAGCAGCAAGAGGAUGGCAGGAGCCGGCGUCGAGUCCGGAGGGAAGUUCCUAGACUUUGAGUUCUUUUAGGAAAUUAGGAAGCUU